CCGCUAGGUGGCAUCAUGUCCCGACGAACAAGUACUAUGUGCGCCUGCAAUUCGUUGGCUCAAAUCUGACCAAGAUAUGAAGCAUUUUGACAACAUUUUCUGCCGUUUGCCCUUCUGAUCGUGAUGCAAAGAAUUGAUUGAAUUUUGUUUGUUUUUUUAGGUUGAUAAACUGUCGUCCAUGUUCAGGCGAGACGAGGCUGAAUUUGCGGAAGGGGAAGCGCGCUCCUGCGGUGCCAUGACGCAGCUCGCCUCCUCGUCGUGCAGCAGCCGCGCGUCCUCCUGCAGUAGUCCAUCAUGACGAACCCGCGUCCACGGAGGGAGGGGACGCAUAUGCAAUGUCACCGUUGACGAGGGGGUGUGGCGCGGACCGACUCCCAUUCACCAAAACAAACACAGCCCAGCCCAACCCAACCCAGCCCAGAACGCGUAUCGCGCCAGAGAGACGUGCCGCGUAGCAAGUUGGGCCGCUCGGAAACCCCCGCAACCAGCCAUCUCUAUUGUGUGUUGGGGGUGGGGGGUGUCCAUGGUGCAUGGGGCUCAUCACGUCCGGAACCAGAUCGGAUUACGCAGAUAUUCAAAUUCUGUUUUGGAUGCUACACUGUGGCCUGGACAUCCCCGAGAUGAGGAUGCAGUAACCAGGGCCUUGAGCCGCGCUCUGGGUGGCGAUGAGCCAUCACGGUGGCGACGGAAGGGGAGCUAGCCAACGUGCCAAUACUCCACCCUCUCGGCACGCGCCCGCACCCAAACUGCAGGUCCAGCGCUCCCUCUCGCGUGACACCAUUACCAUCCACUUCUCCGCUCUGGGCAAGGAGGAGGACGACGAGGAAGAGGAGCUUUAUGGAGGGAAGUCAGAGCUGGAUGCUUCGGGAGCUCUGGAGGUUUGCAGGUCAAAAGAGGACUUGGUUUUUGAAUCGGAGAGCACGACGGCUAGCGCUCACGCAAACGUCGGCUCUUCGGCCAUGACAAUCAUGUCCACCUUGAGCAACCCUCAAGUGAGUUGCACUCCUCCCACCAGCUCCUCUUGGCCUUCCGAACAUCCCUUCGCCAACCUCCCGGCCACGAGCUCCAGCUCCUCUUCCCCUUGCAAGUCGUCCCGACCUUUCCUCAGCCUGGUCGGGUCCAUGUCCAACGAGGCGGAGGCCCGCGAAGCUGCCGUCGCGCCGUCGCACGCCCGCCACAGACACUUGAUGAAAUCUUUUGUCAAGUCCCUCUCCACAGAGACAUCAAAGGUUGAGCAGCAGGAAGACUCCGUUCACCAUGUUCUUCAUCCCGCCCUCCACCAGCAACAAGCGCAGCCGUCGCAGCGGCCGCCUCCUCGCAACAUGCAACUCUUCAAACAGUUCUCCCAGCCUCGCUUGUCCACCGCCCCUGUCGUGGCCACCCAGGUGGGCGGAGACUCUAAAACGGCCCCCUCAUCUCCCACUGUAUCGCCGGAUGGCAGGUCCUUCUUCAAGGUUCAAGAAGUAGAAGCCAAGAUCGAGGAUACAAGGCGGCGUCUCUCCGAGGUGAUGUCAGACCCCCUGCAGCUUUUUAGUAAGAUCAUGGGCGAGGAAUCGGCCACGGGCAGCCCCCAUCGAGCCAGGUUGCUGUCAUCCAGUGCGUCAGAGCUGAGCGGCAUUGCGGGGGUCAACGGACACUCGGAAGGUUACGGCAGCAGCAUCAAGGAGGAGGAGGGAGCAGAGGGCCAGGAAGAUGAAGAAACGCCCACCGGGCACGGACCCGAUUGUGUCGUCCUCUCCUUUCCUCUCAGCCAGACCUCUGCAUCCGCCUUGGCCAGGUCUCCGUCGCUCAAUCUGGGUCGUUGCUCCAUGUCGGCCCUGGCGGCCCGCCAGGAAGACGAGGACUUUUGUGAGCUUUACAGCGAAGACUUUGACUUGUGCACUGACACGGAGACCCCGGACGGGGAUCGCCCCGGAUCCCGCGGAAGCGCUGGCGAAAUGGAGAUGGAGGAAGAAGAGGAGGAGGAAGCGGCAACUGUGCCUUGGAUGGGCCUGGUCUGCCUGACCCAGUUGGUGUACGGGUACUUGGUCCUUCCGCUCCCGCCGUAUGUAUGCGCGGUGCUCCACGGCACGUUGGCGGGCUUGACCUUGGCCAUUCUGGUCCUUUGGCUGUCAGCUCCGCGGCGCUCCCACUUGGCAAUGAGGAAGCAAAGACGCAGGACAGAACCUUGGAACGCGGCCCGGCUCGAUAUCCAAGAACCGGGCAUUUUCAAGGGCUGGAUGAACGAGAUCCACAGCUACGACCCGGAGAUGUACCACGCCACCCUGACGCACUCAGUCUUCGUACGCCUGGAAGGUUCCAUUCUGCGACUGUCAAAACCAAACCGCAACAUCUCCCGCCGCGCCGCUCACAACGAGCCUAAGCCUGACGUCACCUACGUCAGCCAGAAGAUCUACGACGUGACCGACAGCAAGAUCUACCUGAUGCCACAAAGCCUAGCAAGAAAACGAGUUUGGAACAAGAAGUACCCCGUUUGCAUUGAGCUGGCCAAGCAGCAGGACUUCAUGUCCAAGAAGACCCAAGAGGACGGGAAGCCCACAACGCUGGACGAGAAGGCAGAGCAAGGGGGCAACAAGGUUGAAAAAGCCGACACGUCCGCGGAUGAGCUAAAGAAGCCGAUGCCGGGAGGAGGGGAUCUGACAAUCUACCUGUUUGGGAGGACCGGGCGGGAAAAAGAGGAGUGGUUCCGGAGAUUUCUGCUGGCGUCCCAGAUGAAGUCUGAUGGCCGAGGCGGCCGUCUGCCCAAGAGUGCCUCGCAGCCCUGCUACAGCCACCAGUGUGUGGGCAGUCAGGAGGCCGACGGCCGAGGAAGCUCCGACGAGCCGUGCCACCCUCAGCCUCGCCGCCGGGAGAGCUCCUCGAGGCAGAGGACGCUCUUGGACUAUGACGUGUACAUGGCCAAGUACCUCAGCCCCCGGCCCGCAAGCCCGGCCGCCGCUGAAAGUCCUGGCGGACGCAGCCCCGACAGGAGCCCUUCGAGCAUCAAAAAGAGGCCCGGGUGUUCACAUGAGUCGGCCGAACCAGAAGCCUGGGUCAACGCUUUUUUGGGGAGAAUAUUCUGGGACUUCCUAGGAGAGAAGCACUGGGCCAACGUCGUCUCCAAAAAGAUUCAAAUGAAGCUCAGUAAGAUCCGGCUGCCGUAUGUUAUGAAUGAGCUCACCUUAACGGAACUCGAUAUGGGCUUCUCCAUGCCCAAGAUUCUCUGUGCCUCCAAACCUUCUGUGGACCACCAAGGUUUGUGGUUCGAUCUGGAGGUCUCCUACACAGGCUCCUUCCUCAUGACUCUGGAGACCAAGAUGAACCUCGCCCGUCUGGGCAAGGAGGGCGAGGGCCUUGGCGAGCACAGCAAGGAGUGGUCAAGGCCACGCACUUACUGUCUGGCGGACAGCGACGAGGAGUCAUCCAGCGCCGGCUCCUCCGAUGAGGAGGAUCCUGCAGAACUUUUCAGUGACAAAGCCGUUUUCCUCGGAGGCGAAAGCUACGUGGGAGGCCACAGGCCCAGCAAGAUCAUGCGCUUUGUGGAUAAGAUCGCCAAGUCCAAGUACUUCCAGAAGGCUACAGAGACGGAGUUCAUCAAGAAGAAGAUGGAGGAGGUGGCCAACACGCCGCUGCUGCUCACCGUGGAGGUGCAGGAGUGUCGAGGCACGCUUGCCGUCAACAUACCGCCGCCUCCUACCGACAGGAUAUGGUACGGCUUCCGCAGUCCACCUCACCUGGAGCUCAAAGCGCGGCCCAAACUCGGAGAGAGGGAGGUCACUCUUGUCCAUGUGACCGAAUGGAUCGAGAAGAAACUGGACCAGGAGUUUCAGGUGUUUUGCAACGCCGGCACGGUUUCGCUCCCCGAGAGCUUGCUCUUUGUGUCCACUCUGGAUGGAAAUUUGCACGCAGUGAGCAAGAAAUCCGGUUCCAUCAAAUGGACGCUGAAAGAAGAUCCAGUUCUUCAGGUCCCCACCCAUGUUGCAGAGCCGGCCUUUCUGCCCGACCCCAAUGAUGGCAGCCUGUAUUCUCUGGGUGGAAAGAACAAUGAAGGACUCACAAAAUUACCGUUCACCAUUCCGGAGUUGGUGCAAGCGUCUCCCUGCCGCACUUCUGAUGGAAUCCUAUACAUGGGUAAGAAGCAGGACUUGUGGCAUGUGGUGGACCUGUUGACCGGUGAGAAGCAGCAGACACUGACAUCAUCCUUUGCCGACAUGCCGUGUCCGUCCUCCUCUCUACUCUAUCUGGGACGCACGGAAUACACCAUCACCAUGUACGACACCAAAAGCCGCGAGCUGCGCUGGAACGCCACUUAUUCGGACUAUGCCUCCACCCUUCCCGACGAUGACGCCAAAUACAAGAUGGCCCACUUUGUGUCCAACGGCGACGGGCUGGUGGUGACGGUGGACAUCGAGUCUGGCGACGUCCGGUGGGUCCAAAACUACAACUCUCCCGUCGUGGCCAUGUACAUCUGGCAGCGUGAGGGCCUGCGCAAAGUCGCUCACACAAAUGUCGCUGUGGAAACCCUACGCUAUCUCACCUUCAUGUCUGGAGAGGUGGGCCGAAUCACCCAGUGGAAAUACCCCUUCCCCAAGGAGCAGAAGCCGGACAAUAAGCUGAUGGCCACUUUGUAUGUGGGUAAAUAUUCCACCAGCUUGUAUGCGUCUCCCUCCCUGGUGCACGAUGGAGUCACAGUGGUGCCUCGAGGAAGCACCUUCCCCAUGUUGGAGGGCCCCGACAGGCAGGAGAUGGAUGAGGACGAAGAGUGCGUCAUCACGCCCAGCACCAGCGUCCAAUUCAAUGCGGCGCUCCGCCAGCGCAGGCGCAUGAACUUCAUGCGCAACUACCUGCUGCUCAUCGGUCAUCACGAGACACCGCCUGAAGCUCACAACAAGAUCCUGGAAAGAUUCCCUGACAACUUUCCUCGUAACCAAGGCAACGUCAUUCCACCGACUGGCAACAAGAAGGCUGAAGAGGAGGAGGACAAUGUUGUCAGGAAUGACAUUCCGCCUUCUCCUAUGCCUGAAAUCUCGAUCCAAGAACCCGGGCUGAGUGGUCGCACCGUACGCCCGGAGGCCCCUGUGGACUCCAUGCUCAAAGACAUGGCCACCAUCAUCUUUUCUACUUUCCUUCUGGCUGGCUGGGUGGCCUUUGUGAUCACCUACCCCAAGAGUGUCCACAAGCAGCAGCAGCUGCAGCACCAGGAGUUCCAACGGCAGAUGGAGGAGAGGUUGGAGAUGUUGCAGAGACAACAGCCUUUCCCCACCGCCGACGCGUCGCUUCCUCUGGUCUCAGACAGCGACUACCUGGAAGCGGCUCGUGCUCGCUCGGAAUGCUCAGACCACAGCAGCCCCAACGUGACCCCGCGCGCCUCCAACCAUUCCAACCUCUCCCUUUCCGAGCUGGGCGCCUCUGCCAAUGAGCACGAGGACGGAGAGGACGACUCCACCAUUGUGAGAGUGGGCAACAUAACGUUCAAUCCCAAACGAGUGCUGGGUCACGGCGCCGAGGGCACCAUCGUGUACAAGGGUCAGUUUGACAACCGUCAGGUGGCAGUAAAAAGAAUUCUCCCGGAGUGCUUCAGCUUUGUAGAUCGGGAAGUUCAACUGCUGCGGGAGUCGGACGAGCACCCUAAUGUCAUUCGAUACUUCUGCACCGAGAGGGACCGCCAGUUCCAGUACAUUGCCACCGAGCUGUGCGCUGCCACGCUUCAAGAGUAUGUAGAGAUGAAAGAUUUUGACCGUCGCGGACUGGAGCCGGUGAUGCUGCUGCAGCAGGCCACCUCGGGACUGGCUCAUCUGCACUCCCUCAACAUUGUUCAUAGAGACCUGAAACCUCACAACAUCCUGGUGUCCAUGCCCAACGCCCACGGGCGGGUGCGGGCCAUGAUCUCCGACUUUGGCCUGUGCAAGAAAUUAGCAGCGGGCCGUCACAGUUUCAGCAGAAGGUCCGGCGUGCCGGGGACGGAGGGAUGGAUCGCUCCCGAGGUUCUCAGCGAGGACUGGAAAGACAACCCGACCUGCACUGUUGAUAUCUUCUCUGCCGGAUGCGUCUUCUACUACGUGGUGUCUCAAGGUCGCCACCCUUUCGGCAAGUCCCUGCAGAGGCAAGCCAACAUCCUGUUGGGCGCGUACAGCCUGGACCAUCUGCAGACCGACAAACACGGCGACAUCGUGGCUCGAGACCUAAUCGAGCAGAUGUUGAGCAUGGAGCCUCAUCUGAGGCCCUCGGCCGAGUGUGUUCUCAAGCACCCUUUCUUCUGGAGCCUGGAGAAGGAACUGCAGUUCUUCCAGGAUGUGAGCGACAGAAUAGAGAAGGAGCCGCUGGACGGAGCCAUCGUGAGGCAGCUGGAGCGAGGGGGGCGUGCAGUGGUCAAGAGUGACUGGAGGGAGCAUAUCACGGUGCCGCUGCAGACGGACCUGAGAAAGUUCCGUUCCUACAAAGGCAGCUCAGUCCGAGAUCUGCUCCGUGCAAUGAGGAACAAGAAACAUCAUUACCGGGAGUUGCCCGCCGAGGUCCAGGAGACGCUGGGCUCCGUCCCUGAUGACUUUGUUUGCUACUUCACUUCCCGUUUCCCCCACCUGCUCAUGCACACAUACCUGGCCAUGCGGACGUGCGCUGCAGAGAGGUUUUUCCUGCCUUACUAUUCCAUCGCGGCAAAAGCGGACCACCUGCCACAAAGUCGACACCCAUCGACGGACUCAUCGCGACCCCCAGAAUCCGCACACUGCUCACAAGCGGAAGCGCAGGAGGGACACGGCCCUGUGGGACCGCACCAGUCCUCUGCUUCUGCAGACCUGCCGGCCGAGACUGUUGAAGCGUUGCCGUCAGACCCGCACUGUCAUGUGCUCACCUCUGAACCCCCGACAUCUCAUCUCAGGUUAAGUGGGUCUGACGGUAGAUCGAUGCAAACGUAGUUCGUCCGCAUCUCGCACACGAUUGGCUUUUUCACCUUAAAGAGUGGCGGGCCAGUCGCUGAGUUUGGUACCGGUGAGGACCAGGCCUGCAGUGCUUGGGAGCCACUCAACCAGAACAGCUGCUGCACCGUGGAUUUAACAAGUGCCUUCUUGACUUAAAUGCAACAAAGCUCAACAACUCAAAAGGUUGUUGGAUUGUGUGUUGUAGCGGAACUGAGUAUUUUUCUAUUUUCAUUUUAAUAUCAAGUCCAAAAAUAGUAUUUGUCCCAAAAAUGUCCGGCCUUCUAUUGUGGGAAUUGUUGAUGAUAAUUGUUGAACAUAUGGGGUAGUUUUAUUGUGCAAUGUUGUAUUUUGCAGUGAAUUUGUUCAUCGCCAAGAUACUGUAUGAAUAUUUUUAUAGACUUGGUCCAUGUGGCAAAUGUGCCUUUAAAAAAAAAACUCAACAAAAGCACGGCAUCACUGUGCUGAAUGGCUCCAGACGGUUGUAGUUGACUUUUGUAAAGCGCGAUGUGCUGCGAGUGGACCUUUGUCUGAGGUUUUCAGGAUGGAAAUACUGCAGGUAUUUUUUCUUUAAAUGAUGUGAUUAUCUAUUCAAGUGUGACUUUUAAGGUCAAUGCAGAAUGCUCGUGCUUUGGAACGUUCCACAUGUGUGUCAAAAUGAAGUUGAUAACUUGCACAUUAAAUUCUAUUUUGUUUUUUACUGAAAUUGA